CGGGGUAACGGCGAGCGCUUGGGGCCAAGAAAGGUAAGGGCCCUGGGCGAGGAACGCGCGGCCUUUUCCGAGUUUGGUGAUUUGCCGCGGAAGGAAAUCUCGCUCCUCCGAAAGCCCUCCAGGCAGAGAGAGGAAAGGGCCCAGGUACUGUGUUGGAGUCGCACAGCCGGCCGAGACAGUGCCGGGACGAGGAGCCAGGCUUCCUAGUGCGCCGGUCACUGACUCCCACGCGCCUUCUUCGUGCGCCUGCAGCCCUUGGUUCUUGGAAACGCCGACGCCUUGUUCAGGGCUGGUGGGGCUGGGGCGCAAGGUGCAGCUGACAGUGCCCGAGAGGAGCUACGGCCUCUGGUGGAGUUCGGUCGGGUGUAGGGGUAGCCAGGGAAAGAAGCAAAGGGGUAAGACACGGAGUUAGGAAUUCGUGGGGCCCCUAACGCUAUUUGGGUGCGCAGUUGUUUAUUUGUAUUUGUAUUUGCAGCUGUCGUCUGGUGAGCGCUUUCCACGUGGUAGGCCCCGAACGAAACACCUUCUGCAAAAUUAUGCAUUUAAUCCUCACAACAACUUUCAAAGGCUUGUCAUCUGUUUAUAUGGCUUAUUCUCAGGUUCUAACUUGAAAGCUCCCCAGAGGCAGGAUUGUUUACCUUGUCCCUUUCAUCCUUGCCUCCCUAAGCCCAGGAGGUGCGCAGAUGGAGCUUGAAGCGUGUUUUGGUUGGGAGAAGGUGAGAUUUGCUGGGUAGGAGGUUUUUUAACCAGGUUUGUUUGGCACCUAGUCCAGGAAGGUUGGAAAAUUAAAUGGAGCCACCUCCCCCUUUUUUGUUUGUUUUUCUAAUAGACAUUUACCAGCACCUAAGAGGUGUUAGCUUGUGUGCUCGAGGGAAGAAUAAGAAAUAGACCCUGCUUUUAAUAGAAAGUAAGAAUAUGCAGCUCUGGAGUUAGGUGUGCACAGGUUGGGGAAAGAAGAAGUAAAGAUUUCUCAGGGGUGCGCCGGGCCCCUCCGAGUCACUUUCCCCAUCUGUACAAUGGAAAUAAAAAUAGUCUUUACCUCCGGGGGCUAUUGUGAUUAAGUGAAUUUGAAUAGACCAUGCUGUUACCAGUGGUUAGCUAUAUGUUAAAAUCACCUGGGUCUACCGAGGAAAUUUUGAUGUAAUUGAUUGCAGGUGAGGCCUGUGCAUGAGGCGUUAAGGGUAGCUAAGCUUGAGGGCCACUGUAAUUGAUUGCAGGUGAGGCCUGUGCAUGAGGAGUUAAGGGUAGCUAAGCUUGAGGGCCACUGUGUGAUGUGCCACUCCCAGGUUUAAUUUUCUUAAUCUGCAUUUUUCAGUCAUCAUUCUCAACUUAAGAACCUGCAGUGACUCCAAUUCCAAACCAGCCUUUGCAUCCCAAACCUCUUGACAACUGACCCAGUCUUUCCUAGUAUGUUUUUGUGCACCUCAGGCACCACUCUUCUUUCUUACCUGUGGAAUGAGGAUAGUACAGUCAGCGCUCCCUAUCAGGUUCCGAAUCUGUGGAUUCAACCAAUAUUGCAUCAAAAAUAUUUGGAAAAAGAAAUUAAAACAAUAUAUAUAACAAUGAUUUAGCAUUUACAUUGUAUUAGGUAUAAGUAAGUAAUCUAGAGAUGACUUAAAGUAGAUGGGAGGAUGAGCAUAAGUUACAUGCAAAUACUACAUUUUAUUUAAGGGACUUGAGCUGCGGAUUUUGGUAGGGGGUGAGUCCUGGAACCAGUCCUUCUGUGGAUACCAAGGGGUGACUAUAGUACCCACAUGUACAGCACAUGGCAGUUGGUGCCUCUGGCAUCUGGUACCUACCUAUGACAAUUUCCUCUUCUUAUUUUACUCACAUCCCACCUCUUACAGCAUGCUGUUCUCCUGCCACGGCACUAAAGAACCUUCUUGAAUGUCCAUUGCAGAUAUGGGGAAUGGUAAAUGCAGUCUUUUCUCCUCUGCUUUGUCUUUCGAGUUCGGCACAAGAGGACUCUUCCAUGAAACUAGAGAUCAUCUGAUUUGUCCUCUUGAAUUUUUCUCCCUUGGGAAGUGAGCUCUGCCUUCCCAGAGAGUUUCUUUCGAUCUUUUCUAGAAGCUUCACGCUGGUAUCCGUGAAGCCAUUCUUGCAGGACAUGGCCUGGGGGAUGUCUUUACUUCUGAAUUUUUAAAAAUAGCUUUUUUGAGAUACCAUAUAAUUCUGUAAAAUUCACUUUUCUGAAAUGUACAAGUCAGUGGUCUUAGUAUUCGCGGAGUUAUGUAACCAUUACCAUCACUACAAUCUAAUUUUAAAAUUUUCAUCACCCUCCAAAAUAAACCUCCUGUCUAUUAGCAGUCACCCCCCCAUUUCCCACUUUUCCCUGUCUCUGGCAACUGGUAAUCUGUCUCUAUGGAUUUGUCUAUUCCGGACACUUUAUAUUAAUUGUCUCGUGGUCUUUUGUGUCUGGCUUCUUUUAGCAUAAUGCUUUCAAGUGUUGAAGAAUGUAUCAGAACUUCAUUCCUUUUCUAUGGCUAAAUAUUUGAUUAUAUGGAUAGACCACAUUUUGUUGAUCCGGUCAACUGUUGAUGGACAUUUGGAUGGUUUCCACUUUGAUGCUAUUGUGAAUAAUACUGUUGUGAACAUUCACAUACAAAUUUUUCCGUGAACAUAUGUUUUCAGUUCUCUUAGGUCUAUACCUAGGGUUGGAGUUGCUGGAUCAUGUCGUAACUAUGUGUUUGACGUUUUGAGGAACCGUCAGACUCCUCCAGUCCUGUUCAAUUUGAAGAUGAAACUGGGCUUAGAGAAAGUGGGUUGUGCAAGGUCACACAAUAAUAAUGGCGGCUUUGCAUGUCUGGAAGGCCUACUGCGAGCCAAAUUCCUGAGGGGUGUGCAGCCACAUGGGCAAGAGUAACACAAGAACCUGGAUUAUGAGGGGUGUUUUGUCGCAGGGACCCUUCCAUCCCACACACUUGAGUUGGAGUACAGAGUUCUUUCGAUCAAGUGUCACAGCUAAAUCUUGCCUUUUUUAGAUGUGACAGCAGUCUGAGAGGGAAAAACGCUGAACAAAUGAGGCAAACUAAAAUACAACUCUUUAUUUAUUGAGAGAAUUUAUUAGAACUUCUUGAAGGUGGCCAUUAAAUCUUUUUUCAUUUUUUAAAAUUCCAAAUGUAAUAUAUACAAGUCAGCUGCUGAGCAGAGGUUAUUGUAAAAUUGAAAAAUCCCAUAAAAGUCCAAACCAUUCCUGGAAGUCUUUCAAAAAGUGCCUUACUAGAGACCAACAUCCUGCCCCCAAAAAGCAGUGUUUAUUUUCAGUUUUAGAAUAAAUUAUUGUCUCUCCAAUUGAGUACUAAAUGUGAUAAUUGGCUUGGGCUGAGAGAUAAGUCAGCAAGCAAGGUAAAGCCUAGUCAAAAUAUGCUCUUAAGAAAAUCUCUUAGGUUUCCUGUGAACUUGCAGUAGACAUGGUGUUGUUAUAAACACUAUACAGCAAGAUGCAUGCAUACAUAUAAAAUGUACAAAGUAAUGCUCAGUAUGUAAUUCCUUCAAGGAACCUUAUUUAGAGAUUAAUCUAGCAUGUUGCUGCUUAGAACGAUGGCAAUUCUAGGAAGGUUCCAACUUCCCGAUUCUUCUUGUUUUUCAUGAUUAUCUUUGUAAUUGAUGUGUCAUUUCUUCUAACUCUUCUUUAGUCUGUGUUUUUGAAUGUCUUCAUAUAAUUCCUCAGCUUCUUCCUUGAGAAGUUGGAUAAAGAUAUCAUCACACAUUGGAUAAGCCUUUUCAUUUCUUAAUGGUCAUGACACUCUUAAAGCCACUCACCUUCCCCUCUCUCAGCUUUGGCCACCUUCUUGACUAUUUCAGGCUUGAUGGCAUCCCUUGCCAAUGGGAUGCAAGUACUGAGUGCAGGAGCCACCUAAAUAAUUAGUCUUAUUUUUUCCCUUGUGAGGAUUUGGAGUCAUGUAGGUUAAAUGUGUGUAUGAUUUGGCUGCACUGUAUCUUCAAGCACCACGUAAGCUCUCGGUUGAAAUCAAGUCUAAACCUAGUAUGGAGGGAGCAGCAAAUUCAAGUUUCCCGUCUCAUUCCAGGACAGCUGCUCCUUGAGUGGAAUGUCUUGCACCAUUUACAUUGUUUUCCCAUGUAUAUGGUUACGUUUUCCUAGGUUAAGUGCAUCUGCUGUAUCUCUGUGUCUGCAUCACACAAUAUGCUCACAUUUACUUCCCUCCUUUAGACAUUAGUGGAUCACAGCCAGUUCCAUUAGCUCCAACCUGUUUUCUACGCUUCCAGAAUACCUCCUCUGAAAAAUGGCAGAAGCAGUUUUCCAUGCCCCAAAGAGGAAAAGAAGAGUGUAUGAGACUUACGAGUCUCCAUUGCCAAUCCCUUUUGGUCAGGACCAUGGUCCUCAGAAAGAAUUCAAGAUAUUCCGUGCUGAAAUGAUUAACAACAAUGUGAUUGUGAGGAAUGCAGAGGACAUUGAGCAGCUCUAUGGGAAAGGUUAUUUUGGAAAAGGUAUUCUUUCAAGAAGCCGUCCAAGCUUCACAAUUUCAGAUCCUAAACUGGUUGCUAAAUGGAAAGAUAUGAAGACAAACAUGCCUAUCAUCACAUCAAAGAGGUAUCAGCGUAGUGUUGAGCGGGCAGCAGAGCUGAUGUGUAGACAGGGGCAGGAUGAGAGUACAGUGCGCAGAAUCCUCAAGGAUUACACGAAACCGCUUGAGCAUCCUCCCGUGAAAAGGAAUGAAGAGGCUCAAGUGCAUGACGAGCUUAACUCUGGAAUGGUUUCCAACAUGGAAGGCACAGCAGGGGGAGUGAGACCUUCUGUGGUAAACGGGGACUCUGGAAAGUCAGGUGGUAUGGGUGAUCCCAGUGAACCAUUCGGCUGCCUGCAGGAGGGCUCUGGCUGCGACCCAACAACAGAUGGCUUUGAGAAAAGUAUGGGAGAGGACGCCUCACUUCUGCCCCAAGUCUGUUGCUGCAAACAAGAUGCUCUCAUCCUUCAGUGUGGCCCUCAUCAUGAAGACAGCAGCCAGCAUGUCGGCCUCCUGCAUGCUGGGGACAGAGGGCCUGACCAUGAGUACGUGCUGGUCGAGGAAGCGCAGUGUGCCGUGAGUGAGAGGGAGCAUGUCCCAAAUGAGGAAUUGGUGCAAAGAAACAGAUUAAUAUGCAGAAGAAAUCCCUAUAGGAUCUUUGAGUAUUUGCAACUCAGCCUAGAAGAGGCCUUCUUCUUGGUCUAUGCUCUGGGAUGUUUAAGUAUUUACUAUGAGAAGGAGCCUUUAACGAUAGUGAAGCUCUGGAAAGCUUUCACUGUAGUUCAGCCCACGUUCAGAACCACCUACAUGGCCUACCAUUACUUUCGAAGCAAGGGCUGGGUGCCCAAAGUGGGACUCAAGUACGGGACAGAUUUAUUGCUAUAUCGGAAAGGCCCUCCAUUUUACCAUGCAAGUUAUUCUGUCAUUAUCGAGCUAGUUGAUGACCAUUUUGAAGGCUCUCUCCGCAGGCCUUUCAGUUGGAAGUCCCUGGCUGCCUUGAGCAGAGUUUCCAUUAAUGUCUCUAAGGAACUUAUGCUGUGCUAUUUGAUUAAACCCUCUACUAUGACUGACAAGGAAAUGGAGUCACCAGAAUGUAUGAAAAGGAUUAAAGUUCAGGAGGUGAUUCUGAGUCGAUGGGUUUCUUCACGAGAGAGGAGUGACCAAGACGAUCUUUAACAAUUCAACCUCAAAUUUCUAAUUUCACCAACAACUAUUUAUUGAGGGCUAGUUAAAAAGUUCUUUUUGUUGUAAUCGUCCAUUAAUUUAUAAGUUUUAAAGGGCAUGGUGCUCCCAGCACCAGAAAACUAUCAGCGUUUUUAAAGAUAAAUUACACAGGGGAGGAAAAAGAUCCCUGUGCUAGGACUGCAGAUUCUAUACUUGUGUUGGCCUCUAACUCUCCAAUCCCGAGCCUCAUGCCUCUGGCCUCAGUCUGUGCCCUCAUCCAGUCACUGGGAAGGUUGGACUAGAUGAGUCCUGAGAGGACACUUCCAACAACAGAGACGUUUAUUCUCUGAUUUUACCUGAAAAUGAUAGUAGUUUACAUUUAUACAGUACAGUUUAUGAAGCACUUUCAUACACAGGCAUCUCUUGUUACCUACAUCUAAGCUGUUCCCGAAAGAGUGUUACAGAACACAACAGUAUUGUACAAUAUUCGAUAAGCAUAUCUUCACUGCACUUGUUAUAAAAAUGAGUGGUGAAAUAAUGUUUGGAGACAUAAUGAAAGCAAUAUUUGGCAAAAUAUAAUAAAGCCUUUUUGUAAUUGGUGAGAAA